AUGCCUGUGAGCCCCGAAGAAUAUCACCUAUAUCCCGACUGUGGGACCAUUUGUCUACCGAUCCCGCCUCUGGGAAGCCGCGAGCUCGCUUCAGACAUGCUUCGCCGAACCCAGAUAUCGAACUCUGCCUUCUCCCACGAACACUGGCGCUUGGUCUGCUGUACAAUCGCUGAAACAGUUGGUGUGAGCGAGCGGGAGCUCUGUCAAGCGAUGCUGUGGGAUAAUCGCUACCUCCGCCCCUGUGAGCGGUCUGCAAAGCGCCCCGAAUAA